GAGAGAGAGAGAGGAGCUGCACGGAGGAGCAUGACUGUCAGCUCAGAUUUCACCUGUUUACCUCCGUCCACACUCAGAGAGACAGACCGCCCCGACUGAGAGAGUGAGACAGACAGAGAGACAGACAGACAGACAGACAGCAUGGUACCUAAGACCCGGCUGGGGAAGCGUUCACCACUGGGGGCGCUGGUGAGCGCCGCCUGUCCGACUCUGGAGGGGCUGCUGGACCGAGCCACGAGCCCGGACCGGGAGGUGGGCGUGGCCUGCAUCGCCACGGCAACAGGAGCAAGAGCGCAGGCCAACGGGAGAGUCAAACUGCAUCCAGGACUGAAGGUGUGUUUCCAGUGUGAGUCCUCUGGUGUGGAGCAUCACCACCACAACGACCAGCCGUCCCUAAGCUCCGCCCCCCCGCCCAGCAGGCCACACCCAGUCUCCUCCUGCAUCGACGUCCCCAGGAGCAGCAGGAGGCCAGAGGAGGUCGACAUGGAUGAGAUGAUGGCGGCGAUGGUUCUCACCAGCCUGUCCUGCAGCCCACUGCUGCACAGCGAGCCUGCAGCCUCUGGUAUGGAGUGUGUAUGUGGUGAACUCUCUGACAGCAGCAGCGGCUACUGGAGCGUUGGCCACAGCAACGGAAGCCCCGCCCCCUCUCCACCAAUCACAGAGCCCGACGCCGGCUUGGCCACGCCCUCUGACGAGGGAUUGGACAUGGAGCUGGAGCAGGUGCUGUUCGAUGAGCCGGCGCCACGGAAACGCAGGCAGAGCUCGGGGAGAGCGGCGUUCGGCUGCCUGUGGCCGAGCUGCGGCAAAGUCCUGACGUCGGUGGUGGGCAUCAAACGCCACGUGCGCACCGUGCACCUCGGGCUGGGUGGGGAACAGGAGGAGGAUUUUUACUACACUGAGAUCCAGCAGCGGGACCCGCCCACGCCGCCCCCCACCCCGUUUAGCCCCGCCUCCUCCUCCCCCUCCUCCCCCAGCAGCCCUCUGGAGUCGGACCCCCCCUCAGACGGGACGCCCCGGCCCAGCCCGCUGAGCCGCUCGGCCCCGCCCACCCCCGGCAGCCUGUGGCAGGUCCAGUCAGAGCACUCGUACCAGGCUGUGUCGUUCCGUGUGCGUUCAGUCAGUGUUGGGGAGCAGUGGCUGCAGCAGGACAGCGCCCCCAGCAGGACCCUCCCUGCCAGCGCACCGCCCCCGCGCUGCCACUGGCCCGCCAGGAGGAUUCGUGGUGAGGCCAAGAAGUGCAGGAAGGUUUAUGGCAUCGAGCACAGAGACCAGUGGUGCACCGCCUGCCGCUGGAAGAAAGCCUGCCAGCGCUUCCUGGACUGAAGGAGGAGGAGGAAGAGGAGGAAGAGGAGGAAGAGGAGGAGGAGGAGAAGGAGGAGGAGGAGGAAGAGGAGGAGCAGGAAGUGGAGGAGUGAUCUCCUCACACCUGAACAGACUGAGAACCUCUCGUCUUUUUAUACAUGUUAUAUGAAACCCUAAAUCCUUUUUGUACUCUUUUCAAGUGAAGUGUUUUUUUACUCGUGUGUUUGUAGUGUUGAGUAGAGCCUGUGUCCCUGCUUUAGGUGAACCAGCGUCGGCAGCUACGUGACCUUUGACCUGCCAGCAGCUCCCUGCUGAGCCCCAGGUGCUGCAGCUAACACUCUGCACGAGCGUUAGCAUCACAAAGUGAUCACCUCGACCAGCCUGAGACAGAAACACAACAGUGAGACACUCUAAUGUGUGUCCACCUGCAGGGGGCGCCGUAGAGGCUCAAACUGAGCUGAACAGAGUCAAGUGAACAGCGAUCAAUCCACAUUUCUGAGCUCAGAGGAAGGAAAUGU